CGCCCUGGGAUCCCCGUCGACAGCUGCGUGCCGUUGUGCCCCGAAUUUAAUACCUCAGACUCCGUUGCGUGUCAUGCCGAAGCCCUUGUCUCGUAACAGUCAUGUCCGACGAAGUUUCCGACUUUCUGCGCUCGGUCGAGUUGCUGAAGGAACGGCGAGAAGAAGAAGACGAGGCCAGGUCGCGAGAGCUUGAGGAGAAGAUUCUACAGGAGAAGAAAGAACGCCAGGCGCGACGUGCAGAGCGCGCAAGAUCAAUUUCACCACAAAAAUCAUCCCCUGCAAACACCCCGCCGCCAACUGCCCACCGCAGGGGCAGCGUCCUCGCGUCGGCUUCUGACGGCACAAGUUUGGCAUCACCCGGCCCUGAGAGCACUGGGAGUCCCAGGCAGCGCGCCGGUGAACUGUCCUCGGAGAUCAUGGAAAGCACAGCCGACUAUUCGGGCUCGCCUACCAAAGAGAACGACUCGCCAUUCGAGUCGGAUAUCAAGCGCACCAGCCUGACGAUGGGCUCGCCCUCCAUCGGCAUGCCGGCGGCGCGAUCUCCCCUUUCGUGGCAGAGACGACCAACCUCACAGGCGUCGGACCGGCCCAAGAGCAGACCUUUGUCUAUGGUAGCUGCCGAAAACGCCGCCCGUAACUCGCCUGUCCUCGCCGAAUCCGCGCCAGCGACGGAACAGACGAUGUCACGCGACCAGAUCGCUCAAUCUCUCGCGGGGAAGGACCCUUCCUGGUUCCGUCAGACUGCUGACCCAGGCCGUGGUUCCGCAGCAUUCAGGAAGAACCAGGUGGAGGACCAGGACACAGCGGACAUGUCUUCUGUACGCACUCAACUCCCUGGUAUGUCCCGAGAACCGACGAUAGAACCACCCAAGGAGAGCCCGGGUGUUCGACCAGUGACGCCUACCACCUUGCCAAACAACCGCGGAUCACCACUCCCGCUGACCGGCUCGCAACGUCUGGAUCCCCCCGUUGGUGACGGCUCUGAGGACGCGGAUGCCCCUGCUCUUAGUCGCCAAUCCAUAACCUCGCCUCCAGGCCGGACGUCACCUACCAGGCCGGUCUCACCCACCAAGGGAAUGGGUGGGUUUGUGCAGAGCGCCAUGAUGAAGCGUUCUGACAGCGUCAAAAGGUGGAGCGUCAACUCUCCGGCUGGCUUGCAGCGAGUGGAUUCUGCUAAGUCUAAUGCUGUCGGUAGCUUGGACAACACGCAGCGCCCCUCCACCCCUCAAACCCGCGCACGUUCAAAAAGCAUGCUCAGGGAGGGGCCGGAGACAGUUGUAUCGUUGCCAGCUCCGAACGUAGACAAUGAAGCCGAGGAUGAGAAACCGGACAUCGAUGGUGGCUCGGUCGCGCCGGCAGAGGCGACAACGAAGGAGGAACAGGAAAAGACAACUCCACCAACAAGUCCGUCCAAAACAAUGGAUCCAAGGCGAUGGAGCCCGACAAAGAAUUCCAGCUGGCUGGAGGCCGCUCUGAACAAGCCUGAAUCACCGAAAGCGAAGCCGACUUCGCCUGCGCCAGCCCAACCGGCAUGGAUGGUCGAACUGAAUAAAGCAAAGGCGCAGAAGGCAAGUGCUGAUCUCGCGCGGAGCGCUUCUCAACACAAGAAGCCUGAGAUCAAGACUGGUGGGCUUAUGAGGUCUACGCCUAUGGGCGCGAGUCUCAAGCCAAGCGCUUUGAGCGGGCUUCCAGCUGUGCCGCCGGUAUCAACAACAAACAAGCCGGCCAUUGCCGAAUUGCGCGGCAGUCUUAGAAGGGCCUCCCCAACGACCGAGGGUCCAAGCGAGAGCCCUGGAGAUGCCGUAGCCGCGGCUAAGGAUAAACUCGAGUCCCAGUCAAAGAAAGAUUUCCGUGGAAACCUCAAACCCCGAGCUCCGCCUCCGGAACCGCAGUCAUCGGAGCCCACCGAUGAGCUGAAAAACGUCUUUGGGAGUUUGCGGAGGACAAAGACGCAGAACUACGUGGCUCCCGAUGAACUCAAGGAUAACAUCCUCCGAGGCAAGGCGGCCCUGAAUCUCACAGGUGGACCCAAGAAGACAGAUCGGAAAGACGACUUCAAGGAAGCCAUUCUCAAGAAGAAGGAAGAAUUCCGGAAAUCUCAACAAGAAGGCCGGGGCGUCUCAAGAGCGUUGAGUUCUGCAAGUGAAACGUCUAUCCCUGAGGGGAUCGCAAAGAAGCUGGAAUUGCAGAGGACAGGGACAUUCUCCAGGCAAACGCCAACUAGCCCUGAAUUCCCCCUCCAGAGUCCCGUACUCAGCGUGUCAAACCGGUCCAGUCAUAUCUCUACAGGAUCAAAGCACGAUGUUCCCGCUCUCGGCUCAGGGGUCGCGUUGAAGGCUUCGUCCGAGCCGGCACUGUCGACCACGCUCCAGAAAACAACAGACGCUCCAGGCCGGAUCCAAAGCCGAGUGGGAGGUUUAGCAGAACGCUUCAACCCCGCGUUGGCUGGUCUCAUAGCGAGAGGCCCCCCAUCAAUCUCUGGUCCAUCCAAAGGCCCAGGAGCAUCAAGUGCUUCCGGGUCCAAGGCAGCGGAGAGUGGCGAGCCCGCAGGACCUGGCCCUCAACUGACCCAUAUGACGAAGAAUCGAGCCCGUGGCCCUAGGAGGAAGGCUCCAACCUCCGUCGCUGCGCCAGUCGAUGCGGCCAAGGAGCAGGCAGGGGAAUCAGCCCCCGAACCAGAGAAGAAGCCAGUUAUGUCACCUCUUGAGUCAACCCGGAAGCUGCCUUCUCCUCCCCAAAAGCCAGAGCCGUUUGGGCUUCCGAAGUCCGAGACCAGUUCGCUUGUCGGUUCGAGGAACUCAUGGAUCCGAGACAAGCCGAAGGCUGCUGUUGAGAUGGUUUCUUCGGCCGACUCAUCUACAGGCGUGUCCAAGGAGGAACCGAAAUCAGUUGGCCAAGCCAACACUCCGCUCAAAACUCGACCACGCUCUCCAACCAAAGUCCAUGAGCAGGUGGCAGCCCUGGCAGCCCUGAAUCAGCAGCUGCCAAAGCCUGCUGAACCGAGGGGUGAGGCACCGCAGCCCGCUUCACCCAAGACCCGGCCGCGUUCUCCGACGAAAGUCCAUGAACAGGUAGCAGCCCUGGCGGCCUUGAGCCAGCAGUCACCAAAACCUGCUGAACCGAGCGGUGAGGUAUCGCAGCCUUCUUCGCCCAGGAAGCUCGACCUGAAGAGGAUGUCCAAGUUUCUCGAUGAACAAGCUCCACCCGACCCGAAGCCCGAGCCGGUCAAGUCCAAGCCUUCCUCGCCGGUCAAGGACCGUUUCCCUGCUCUUGCGUCCCCUCCCGUUGAGAAGCAACUGGGAAACGACGCCUCUGACUUGAAGCCUGCGCUUCCGAUCAGGAGCGGCACGACAUCAUUCGGUGGAGUUGGCUUGGGGUUGACACAGCCGGCUCCGGCGCCGAAGUUGGCAGCCGAGAAGGGCAUCGAAACUGAGCAACCACCGCCAGUGCCCGCUAAAGUGUCGAAGCCGCUUCCUGCACCUCCCGCUGCAACCUCUCCGCCUAUGACGUCUCCCCGCAUACCUUCCCCAGUGCGCUCACCUGGCAAACAGUCCUCAGAUGUGUCAGGUCUCAUCAAUGAAUUUUUCGGACCAGAGCGGCCGCGGCGGAAGUACGCGGCCGAUGCCGCCGAGAUCCUUAUGAGGCGGCCGGUGUCCACCGACAAGAUCCAGACGCAACGGGCACAGCUGAUCCAGCUCACCGCCGACGGCAAGAGGAUCCCUGUGCCCUCGCAUUAUGAGCGGGUGCUGUUUGAGCGCGAGAUGUACAUCUGCCCGCACACGUACAUCGCCGUCACGGGGAGGAAGGUCAACGAAGUGUACUUCUGGGCUGGCGACGAGGUUCCCCAGUCAGAGGUGGACGAUGCCCAUCUCUUCGCCGCACGAGAGGCGAGGUCCUUUGGCGGGAAGCUCAUCAAGUUGCUCCAAGGCAAAGAGACGUCCGAGUUCCUGCAGGCUCUCGGCGGUAUUGUGAUUAUCCGGCGUGGAUCGAGCAAUAAAUAUGACUCGCUGGCGCCAAACAUGCUCUGUGGUCGGCGGUACUUAGGACAGGUCGCCUUCGACGAGGUCGACUUCUCUCCUAUGAGCUUGUGCUCCGGCUUCCCCUACCUCAUUACCCAACAAGGCAAAUGCUACCUCUGGAAGGGGAAGGGCAGCAACGUGGAAGAGCUGGGGUGUGCCCGGCUCGUGGGCAUGGACCUUGCCCUGAUGGGUGAGCUGCUCGAAGUGGAGGAGGGUAGUGAGCCGGACAGCUUCUGGGCUAUCUUUGGCGGAAUCACACGGCCAAGCUCGGCGGAUCACUGGCGGCUGAAGCCGAAUUACGACAAAUACUGCGGGAGGCUGUUCUGCGCCAGCGCUGGCGACAAGGAGCAGAUAACUGAAAUAUCGCCCUUCAGCCAAGCCGACCUCGUAACCUCCAAUAUCUACGUCCUCGACGCCUUCUUUGAGAUGUACAUCAUUGUCGGCGCCCGCUCGCAGCACCAGUACGCCGCCUUCCGGAACGCGCUGGACUUCGCGCAAGAGUACGCCAUACUGGCAGCGGGCAUGGAGGACAGGCCGUUUGUGCCGAUCUCCACGGUCGUGCUGGAGGGGAUACCAAGGGAUAUGAAGAGCGUCUUCCGGAAAUGGAGGGAUGCGGCUAGCCCGACGGUCAUGCACGUCUCCCCGCAGGCCGGGAAUCCCAGUUCCGGUGCCGGUGCCGGUCCGCAGAGGCCAGGCGGGCUGAAGCGAGGAAGGAGUCUAAGAAUUGUGCCGCUGACGCAGGCGCUGCAAGCGCUUUCGGAAUAGACUACCACGCUGGGGGUGGAGGGUGGAGGACUCCUUUUUUCUCCUUUUUUCCUUUUUUCAUUUUUUUUUUUUUUU